AGCUUUAAUAUGCAACAAAACAGAUUCUUAAUUUAAUGAUCAUUUCUAAUUCACCUCUGCAUCUCUAGGACCUACCACCUUGCCUAACUAGAGUAAGGAGGUGAGUAUUGAUUCAGUGACAAUACACUAUCUAAUCAGGUAAGAAUUCCUACUGUCCUUUACAAAAUUAAGUUUUUAAUGAUUACAUUCUUAUGUGUUCUAAUGAGCAGGUUUUAAAAAACUUCAUGAAUUUAAAAAAUUGUAAAUGAAACUAUUGUACAGAUAUAUGCACACACAAUGUAUCACGGAAAAGCCUGAGGUUUUGUAAUUUUGUCUUUACAGAUUGCAUUUUUAAUGUUGUGAAAUGUAAUUUUCACCUGACAUAGGUUUUUUGUUGUUUCUAUGUGCAUAUUGAGGAUUCAGGGUUUUGACGAAGAAGUCUGACCAUCUUGUCAUAGGUGGGUGGCCAUGUGGUCUUUUGAAAUCCGGAGGAAUCCAGUCAGUUAACAGCACUAGUCCAGUGGUCGUCUGAAUCACAUUACGUGUCCGGCCCAUCAAACCCUGAAUGAACGGUUUGAGGCUCUUCCUGUUCCUGAAUCGGGCAGAUACCACUGGGCUACACUAGCACGUGACAUGGACGAAUGGAUACGUUAUUGGCGCCUGCUCAAGCAAAUCGAAGGUCAACGGGAUGACAAGUGAUACAAGUGAUUUAUGUGCAUAUUAUCUAUAUGAUGGGACAGCCUUGCAAGCUUCCCAUCGUGUAUUCAUAUGCAAAAUCCAGUAACAAGCUGGAUCUCAUUCCCCUGACCCUGAAGAGCCCCCAGAGCAACAUUGUUAGGAGGAUCGAGUCGAGAUAGACUUCUAAGAUCUCAGGGAAAGGACGAAAUGAGAUGUUACUGAGCCCACCCGAGAAAUCGGUGAUUAACGGGAUUUCGUGAUUCGUGAUUAUCUAUAUGAGAUGACAUCAGAUGGUUCAACUUGGGUGUGUGUGUCAGGGAGGUUAUCCCUCCAGUUGGGUAGAUCCCCAGGGCACUAGGAAGGAAGCCACUUUGGAAUUCUCUCUCUUUACUUCAAAAGCUGCUCAGAUGACCAAGAGGCUAAGGGUGUCUACUUGUCUUUGGAAAGAAACUGCCUAUAAAACAUCAUUCAAAUGAUUGGUUUGAUUCACAAAUACUACACCACUCCCCACCCCACCCUGCCCCCAAGUAAUUGGUGGCCAGGGAAAAAACUGAAGCUGAUUGCUCAGGUGGAUGCUUCACUCCAGUUUGACCUUGCUGCAGAGAUCCAAAAGUCCACCUUUAUAGACUUCCGGUACUGUUGUGAUAAGGAGACCCGCAGAGAACAGCAGUACUGGUGUUGGGCCCAUCAGCUGAGAAUCAAGGGCAACCACCUGGCCUAGGAACAGGCUUUCCCCGAAGCUCUCCCUUAACGUGAAACUAGUAGCCCCCGCCAAAGGUCCUCUAUGAGCACUGCAUACCCUAGGGGGCAGUGCCAUGGCCGCCUGGUUACUGCUUCUUCCCAGAUGCCCUUGCGCGGCUGGUUGCCGAUAAAAAGGCAGGAGCACUGCGCGCCGCUCCAAUCCAGCGCCGCCGGGCGCCCGCCUCACUCGUCUCCUUGGCCGCGCCUAGACGCCGCCCCGCGCCGACUCCCCCGGGCUCUUCAGAAAAGCCACUUGGCGAGACUUUCGAGGGUCCAGGGACCGCCAGAACUGGGGGGUGGGAUGGCAGUGUGGCUCCGGGCCUACACCCGCAAGAAGCGGGCAGGCCAAAGGCUCAACCUAACCCCGACGCCGGACCUAAGCGCCUGGGCCAAAGCGGAGGCCCCGCCGGGCCCGGGCCUCAGGGGGGCUGCCCGGGGGCGCGGCAGGCGGGCGGGCGGGGACCCCAGGGUUUCCGACCUCAAACGUCUGACCUCUGGCCUGCCAGGAGCCGGCAGGGAUGGAGGUUUGCGGAAGAUAUCGGAGAAAGCGGAGCGGCGCUGCCCGGGAGGCGACGGCUCGGCGCUGGCGAGCCCCCAGUUAAGAUUCACCAGAGAGAACAGCCUGCAAGACGCCGGCGCCAGGGAAGAGACUGAGGAGAAUGCCGCGCUGUUGAGUGAGUCAGAAACUGAUGGUCUCCAGGCUCACAGUAGUUUAUCAAAUAGUGAUCUAGUAUCAGAACUAAGUUUGCAGGAUCAUAAUUCUCUUCUGAACUGUUCGACCAUGGACUCUUCUAAAGAGAGUUUAAGUAGCUUCCCAUCACCUGAAGUAUUCCGAGGAUCAGAUUAUUUUGACUGGGCAUGUCCCAAGUUGGAAGAACACAUGUUAUGCAAGAAUUCUACUCUUCUGGAUACCAGUAAAGCAGUAGCAAUAGAGGAAGCACCAUUGUUUCCAAACCUCUCUGCAAUUUUAGGUACUACUUCAGAAGACUACCAGAAAUGCCAUAAAAAAAUAGUGACAGUGACAUUGGCAGACCAAAAUAUUUCUCCAAAACCAAAGAGUACUUCAAAUCCAGAAUCAGAUAAUGCACCUUGUGAAAUUUUACUUGCUGAGAAACCAUGCACUUUAAUCCCUGAAAAAGUGAAGAAAAAAAAGCUAAAUUCCAGUACUUCUGAUAAGAAAAGCAAAGGCCUGCUUACAAGUACCCCAUCCUCUCAAACAGCCGCUUUAGUGAUUGAUUUAUCAUCAGUACAAAGAGCAUCUUCUGAAGAACUAUUUCCAAAUGUCAGCAAUUAUGUAAAUUCAAAUGAAAUUGUUCCUGUUUCAGGUUUGCAAGAAAUUUCUUCAAAUGAGAUUUCAUCAGAAUCAUCAGAAAUAUGUUGUAUUGUUAGAGCGUCACCAGGAAUUAGACAAAUGGGCAAUAAAACUCUUAAAAAAAAGAAAUAUUCUCCUCCCAAAGAUAUCCCUCAAGAUAUAAUAAUAAAAACAAAUGGCAGGAUGUAGUGUCUAUCACCGAACAUUCAGUGUUUUGAAGAUAUGAAUGUAAAGUCAAAGUCCAUAAAGCAGCAUUCUGCCUGAAAUUAUAUGAAAUUCAAAAGUUUAAUUUUUUCAGUUACUUGUGAUGUGACAUGUGCUGAUGUGAAAAUUCUAUAGAGAUUCUUGUAUUUUUAAUAAGAUAAGAAACUUUUUCUGUAUUCAUGUAAAACAUAUGUAUUUGCAUUGUAAAAUAAGAAAAAAAAAUAGCUUUUAUUAGAAGACUGUUCAUUAAAUAGA